CUGCUGCUGAGCCUGACGCGGCUGCGGCGGCGGCGGCGGCUGCUGCUUCCCCUGCUCUCAGUCUCCAGCGCGCUUCUCUCCUCGCUGGAUGGUGUGCGAGCCAGCCGGGGACAGACGCGUUCCGGACUCGGCCGAAAGCGCCCGGGCGAGGCAGAACCCUGCCAGUGCCUUGGCUGCCUGGCUGGAGCGAAGGCUCGUCACGCGUAGCGGGGGCUGGGGAUUGAGAGGAGCUGGAAGCUGAGCGGGAGCAGCCCGGAGCAGGGAUGGACAUGAUGCUGUUGGUGCAGGGCGCUUGUUGCUCAAACCAGUGGCUGGCCGCUGUGCUCCUCAGCCUGUGCUGCUUGUUGCCCUCCUGCCUCCCAGCCGGACAGAGUAUGGACUUCCCGGGGGCAGCUGUGGACAACCUGGUGGUCCGAAAAGGGGACACGGCUGUGCUUAGGUGUUAUUUGGAAGAUGGAGCUUCAAAAGGUGCCUGGCUGAACCGGUCAAGUAUUAUUUUUGCAGGAGGUGAUAAGUGGUCAGUAGAUCCUCGAGUUUCAAUUGCAACAGCAAAUAAAAGGGAAUACAGCCUUCAGAUACAGGAUGUAGAUGUGACAGAUGACGGUCCAUACACUUGUUCUGUGCAGACCCAACACACUCCGAGAACAAUGCAGGUGCACUUAACUGUACAAGUUUCUCCGAAGAUAUCUCGUAUUUCAACUGACAUUGUUGUGAAUGAAGGAAGCAAUGUUACACUUACUUGCUUGGCCAGUGGGAAACCAGAGCCUUCCAUUUCUUGGAGACAUAUCUCUCCAUCAGCAAAACCAUUUGAAAAUGGACAAUAUCUGGACAUCUAUGGAAUUACAAGAGACCAGGCUGGGGAAUAUGAAUGCAGUGCAGAAAAUGAUGUCUCAGUCCCAGACGUGAAAAAAGUAAAAGUCACAGUAAACUUCGCCCCCACAAUUCAGGAACUUAAAUCCAGUGGUGGGAUGCUAGGAGGUAAUGGACUGAUAAGAUGUGAAAGUGCAGGAGUUCCUGCUCCAGUCUUUGAGUGGUACAAAGGAGAGAGAAAACUGAUCAAUGGUAAACAUGGAAUUACUAUUAAAAACUAUAGUACAAGAUCACUUCUCACUGUCACCAAUGUAACAGAGGAGCAUUUCGGCAACUACACAUGUGUCGCUGCCAACAAGCUGGGGGUGACCAAUGCCAGCCUGCCUCUCAACCAAAUUAUUGAGCCUACUACCUCUAGUCCUGUCUCAAGCCCAGCUCCAAGUACAGCCCAAUAUGGGAUUACCGGUGGUGCUGAAGUUCUGUUCUCCUGCUGGUACCUUGUGUUGACACUAUCCUCUUUCACCAGCAUAUUCUACCUGAAGAACAUCAUUCUACAAUAAAUAUAAAGAACCAUGAAAGGCUUUUAAGGAUUCUCUGAAAGUGCUGAUGACUGGAGCCAAUCUGGUACAGUUUGUUAAAAGCAGCGUGGGAUAUAAUCAGCAGUGCUUACAUGGGGAUGAUCGCCUUCUGUAGAAUUGCUCAUUAUGUAAAUACUUUAAUUCUACUCCUUUUUUUGAUUAGCUGCAUUACCUUGUGAAGCAGUACACAUUGUCCUUUUUUAAGACGUGAAAGCUCUGAAAUUACUUUUAGAGGAUAUUAAUUGUGAUUUCAUGUUUGUAAUCUACAAGUUUUCAAAAGCAUUCAGUCAUGGUCUGCUGGGUUGCAGACUGUAGUUUACAAAAAAAAUAUUGCAGUGAAAAUGUGAUUCUUAAGGCUGCAAUACAAGUAUUCAGUUCCCUCUUUAAAUACGAUUCUAUCCACAAUUAUUCAGAAGCAUUUUUAUUUUAAGAAAUCAAAUAAUAUUGCCUUCAAAACAUUUCUUCAAAAUAUAACAGAUAUCUAGAUUUUCUUCUAGCAUGAUAUUCAGGUUUCAAGAAUGAGCCUUGUAAUAAGACUGCAUAAAGCAGUUCCUGCUUCCCCACCCCCCUGUAAAUUCAGCAUGGGUGUGCCUUCAUAAAAUAUUACUUUUCUUUUCCUCUCCAACAUUCUGGAAUGUGUAUUGGUAAUGACAACCUUGUAAAUUCAAGCGUACCUAAUCUCCAGUUGAGGACAAAGAUGCUAUUGGCUGAAAAGAAUACCGUUCUCUUCCACCUCCAGUGCGGUAAUGGAACUGCUCCAAACUCUGCCCACAAAAACUAGAUUACUUUUUUUUAACCAGUCAAUCAAGAAUAGCACAGGUAUAUUUCCCUUAUUUUUUCCCUCUAGUGGUAGUUUAAUCUGUAGAUUUUGUUUGUAAAACAAGUUUUCCCGGUAUAAAAUACAGCACAACUCUGUUAAGAGACUUCUUCUGAAUGUAGCACUUAUCCCUUUCACUGCUCUAAGUCAGAACUCUUAAAAGGCUGUAUAUGUGAGAUCGUGACAGUCCCUUUUUUAUUAUUGGCCAAUACUACAUGAAUUGAUAUUCUUGUACUGGAGUUGUACUGAUCAGACUAACUUAGCAAUGAUACUUUCAUGCAAAUGUUUUUAAAUCUCAGAUAGCUGAGAACAUAGGAAGCAUUGAACAUACAUUUAAUAUAGAUAUAUUUAAAAACAAGUGGCUCCAAUAACUAUAUUUUGGUCCACCUAGCAAAGGCCGACACAUUGCACACUGCAUAGUUUCCAGAAUUUCAUUAAUGCACAGCUAAGAUUGUAUGAAUAUCUUACCAUAACAAUUAAUUUCACCUUUCAUAAAUGACCCUUGCAAUCCCCACAUAUUGCAUUGAGUUCAAGAGAAGUUUUGCCUGAGUAACAGAUUAGAUCCUAAAAUAGCAAAUUUUAUUUCUAUGACUAUAAUAGAGUUGUUUUUUAAAACAGCCUCUAAUUUUGCUCCCAAUUUAUUGAACAAUCAUGCUGUAAAUUAAUUGUGAGCACUCAGCUGCACUUGCAAAAAAACUAGAGGCUGAAGCAGCGUCCCUUUAAAAAUUUGACUCAUUAUGAAAGUUGACCAUAGAUGGUCCAGUCCAUCACCCAUUGUAGUCAGUACAAAGAUACCACCAGUUUCAAUGGAAUUGGAUUGGGCCCAUACAGAAAGAGCUACUGGUGAUUAGAAUUUCUAAUUAAAACAUUAAUUACAAUAUAAAAUUAUCCGGUCACUUGUUCAGUAUAUAAAACCACAGUAAAUAAUAAAAAGACUGUUGCCAUGUGAAAGUUGGAGUUCUUUAUAUCAAAAGAAGAUUGUCACUGAACACCAUAUUGCUAAUUUGGCGACAUUUUAGUAUCACUGCCACAGAAAUUUCACUGAGACAUGCUCCUACUCAGUCAUUUUUUGCUACUGUGUUAAGCUCUGUAACUAGCUAGCUGGGUACUGUACAUAUUCAGCACUUUCAAGUUCAUUUUGCAAAUAUCCUAUUUUUUAAAACUCAAAUUAGGGAUUUCUUUAGUACCUUGAUCAACUGCCCCAUUACUAAUAUAUAAACAAAAUAUGCAGCAAAUAUGUUGUAAUUAUUAAAUGACGUUUAGAUAAGGAGCAUAAAAAGAAUACACUGACUCCGUAACAGGGCAAUAAAAUGUAUUGAAUCACGCUGUUUGUAUUCAGUAAUGGAGUAGAAUAUUUCUAUUAUUCUCUUAAGCUUGUGCGCUAAGCAGGUUCUAUUUUCAUAAAUAUGGUGUUUUUUUAAAAACCUCAAAUAACAUGAUGAAAUUUUAUUAGUUGGGGAAGCAGUGUAUAAAACAGUACGACCCAUAUUGUACACUGUCCUAAGAUUCUGCUCACUCUUGUAUUGCAGCUUUAAAGUGCUAAGCUCUAGAAUCCAUUCAACAGGAAAAAAUGGUGCUGCAGAAAGUAUUACAUGUCAGUUACCGUUUUAUGAAGACAGAAACAGAUCAAGGAGAUGUAUAACUCAUAUGCCUCUUCUCACAUGAAUUAGGAAUUGUUUCUAUACUGUAGCUGGACCAAAUUCUAUAUUUAGGCUAAUUGUUUUUUGCCAUGAUUACUGACACAUGGAAUGUGAGGAUUCUGGCAGCAGACUAGAGUAUGGAAACAUUUUUAUUAGAUAUGAAAAAAUGAAGUAUUUACUUUUUUGCAUCAUGAGAAUAUUCUUGCCAAUAAAGCCACUGGAAAACAUAGGCCAAAUUUUCAACCCAGCCUCUGAAUUUGCACUUGCCAUUUUUGUGAGACAGUUUGUAGCAUGCAAAAAUCCAUGUUUCUAGGCACAACAUUUGCUUCUGCAAAUUAGGUACCUAAACAUCUAUCAACUCUGCAUGUUCAAAAGUGAUAGUUUGGGUGUGCAAAUUUAAGAGACCAAUUCUACACAUAAUUACUGGGGCCACUCACAUUAACACUAUGUUGGUCAUUAAGUAUUUGUAGGAUUGGUCUCUCACAGGGUGUUCAUGAACACCUGACCAUCUAAGGCCCCAACUGUGCAAAGGAUUAUGCAUAUGCGUAACUUCAUGCACUGAGUAGUCCCAGAGAAACUCCUCACAGUACAUAAAGUUAAGCAAAUUCUGAAGUUUUUGCAGGGUUGGGGCCCAACUCAAUAUUGGUCAAAUAAAGUUACUUGCAUUUUAGGUUAAUCUGUUCCAUAUAAUAACCUGAUAAUUGUACAGUUUGGGACUUAUUGGGACAUUCUUUCAACAUGGACUGUGCAGACUGUUGAAAAUUAAAUACAGUAGCAUUUUACAAAAUUGAUCUUUUAAUCUCUGGCAAAUAUUUACUUUCUAGCUGAUACUUUCAUGAUAUAGUCUAUGUUCAUCCAGUUGAUACCCCUUACAGUUCAGAUUUUUUAAUCAAUUAUUAUUAUAUUUAUCCCAACCAUGAAAAAAUAUAGAAAAUAAAUGGAUUUGCUCCAAGCAGUACAACAUUUCUUAUGCUAAAACUGUGGUCCCGCACUUGAAUUACUAAAGUUUGUAAUUCCAUAAGUUCCUGAAUGUGCAAUAACUCAGGUCUAUUAACUACCAUUGCAUUGAUGACAUAUGUGGGCAAUGGUGCUGUAAUUAUAGUGUUGUUGACCAUGAUUCUUUACUAAUAUUGAAUUUAAGGACAUCUCAGAAUUUCUAAUACAAACGCAGUUUCAAGGGUUUAUAACUUGGCAGGAAAAUAUAUUCUUCAUAACUAGACAGCUUUUUUAACUUUUCUAUAUAUAUUUAGAAAAUAUGCUGUUUCUAAGAGACAGGAGUAUUGAAGACAUUACCAGUGAAAGCUGCUCUUUUGCACAUUUUCAGAGUUAGCACUCUAGCAAAAUAAUGAUAAACGUUAUGCCUACCAAAAUAUCUGCUUACCCCACAUAACUGUGUAUUAAAGAAUGUGUAUACCAAAAUAUGUAUUUACCUGGAAAAACAAUAUGCCUUAAAGUCUAAAUAUGCAUUUACUUCUAAGACUGGAUCUUGCUCUUCCAGUUUGGAGGUAAAUAAUCCAUAUUUCACAAUCUGCCAUGGAAGAUUUUGUUUCUUAAAAAACAAACAUGAUCAGUUCUUUUUUUAAAAGUAUGAAAUAAUUUUAAAGUUCUUGUACAAACUAACAUAUGUGAGGAAAGGAAAAGUUAGGAUGAAACUCUGUCCUGACACUCUGACCUGAAUUGCAGACAAAUCAACUUGUUCUCAGCAAUUUUUGCCCUGAGAAAACGACAAGGAGUUUGGUGGUUGCCACAGAAACUUGUACAUUUGCAAGUAGAUAUUACAGAAUUGCCUGUACUUACUAAAGGAAAUGCUGUGAAUAGGUGGUAGGGUACAUUAAUGCAAGGGCAUAUGUAAAGAUUUUUAUAGGUAUCACUGAAUGCUCAUUUUGAAUUUUUCUUCUCUCUCUCCCUCUCACAGGAGCCCCCUCCAGCUGGCCCUAUUUCCCUGUCUUUAACACAACACAAUAACAUUUCUUCCACCUCCCAAGCCUUCUGGGAUAGAGUACCUCCUAUUCUCUUCCUGCCUUCUUGCUCAGCUCCAUUCCCUACUCUCUCACAUACACACUGAUCACUUCCUUCUGAUUGCUGGCCUGAGAGUUGGGUCAAGAAAAAAUAGCUGGGAACACAAAUUAUUCCAGGAGUUUCUGACAGUUGUGAGGAAAGACAGUCAUAUCAGGAGUGCAGCCAGGCAGAAGGAAGGUGUCUGGCUUUAGGGAGAUAAGGCAGGACUAUACUUACUGUAUGCAGAAGUCCCAGCUGGCCCUAUUUCCCAGCUUCUGGAAGCCUUCACUCAUUCACAGCAUUGUACCACCAUUAACAAUGGCUUUCCAAAAUCCUUAGGGCCACAUGCAGCUGACGCUGGCCUAAGUGCAUGAAUAUGUGAGAGCAGAAUUUAAACUUUAGAAAACACUUUGUCCUGAAACCCUUAGAGAACUGACUAAUUAACUCAUCAUAUUGUUGUACCUAGUACUGAGCCUACUGUAGCAAUUAUAACGGUCUCAGAACAGGGCACAGUGUUAAAUACAGUACUACAUUUCCUAAAGACCUAUGCAGCAAAAAGCACCGGCUUGGCUGCUGACCUAAAGACGCUCUACAUGCCUCAUUAAAGUUGCUUUCUGUUCUGAGGGUUCUGUUCUGUUCUGUUCUCCCAGGUAACAGCCUCAUGAUGCUAAUAUGCAAACAGCUGACUUAGCCCUUCUAUCUCCAUUCAUGUGGCAUUCAGAGGUGUUGAAAAUGUACUGCUCAUGCUCAGUGCACCCUCAGAUGUCCUUAUGUCAGGUGGACAUUCCCUUUGUUGAUAGACAUUGAGCCUGCUGGGGAAGAUCUGUAGAGAGGAAGUGUGGUCUAAUAACAGUAGAUCAACAUGACUGAAUUCUGACAACAGGAGUGAGCACAUUGCCUAAAGAUUACUCCUUUCCCCCAUAAUAAAACAGUGCCUGGGAGGGAGGGAUGACAGGACAUCCCAAACUAUACCUCACCAGCAUCUGGGGUGGGGGGAGUUAUAGCUCAUGUUAUAAAGAGAAAUAUUUUUAAUUAGUCAAAAAAAUGGUUCUUAGGCCAGAGCUGGCUUCUCUUAGUCUUUUGUGAGGCUGUACAAUGCUCUAGGAUGGCUGUAAUUUCCUCAGACCGUGUGCCUUAGCUGGAGGUGGAUAGAUGGAUUAUUGCUGGUGGAGAAUUGUGCAACUGUUCCCACCUCCAAGCUACAUAACUAUCCCUGAGCUUUUUAGUUUAUGCCAGUUUUGCCCUCUGCACAGCACAAUUUAUCUUCUGAAUAGGUAUACUUGAGAUCUCCUGAUCCAGAGCCAGUAUAACCUUAACUUUUCUGGCUGUGCCAAAAUUUAUGUCACAUUUUUUGUUCAGCUAGGGAGGGUAGAAGUUGUGAAGUGAAGACUUCAGUUUCAGUUUGACUCAUCUUAACUAUGUUCAUUACACAUGAAUUGAAACAUUAAAUGCACUUAAAAUGGGUUGGGUCUGCUAACAGUUCAAUCAUAUCUUGCUUUUCUCUAUUGAAUAUUUAGAGGAAGGGGAGCAAUUUUAGUCUAUCUUCAGAAUGGACUCUUACAUUAUAACUGAAAAUAGCCAAGUAAAAAACAACUGUCAUAAGGAUAACAGGAAAAUGCUGAAGGGAUUCCAAAUGAGAUCCAUGUUCUGUCCAAUACCUGACUCUGGUUCUCAAAAUUAAUAUAAGUUUGGGUGUAGGAGAUUUCCCCAGGUCACCAUCACCGCUGAGCACUAAUUACUAUAUGCAUAUUUAUUCUUAUCCUAACAAGUCGACUUUCUGUUAACCGUAUGCCUAAUUUCUAGAGUUUGAAGGCUUUGUGAACUUUGUGAACUUCUGCUCUAAAAUUUAUAUAUCAACAUAUUCAUUUUACACUUCUGAUAAACCAGAGAUGAAUCACAGCUAAACUCUAGAUGCCCUAAAUUGGAUUUAAAAAUAUAUUUGAAGCUCAGCUCUCCUAUGUUUUGGUCUGACCACAUAUAAACCUGUAUUUUAAAACAAGAUUUGGGGCCAGAUUCUCAGCCCUCCUAUGACUAUUUUAUACCUCUCCAAUGGCACAAAGAAACCGUAAAGCUGUUGGAUCCAGCCCUUUGAGGAUUCCCAUUGGAAGGGGAAUUGCUGAGUGACAUAGUAUACUUUUGAGCAGCUCUGCACCAUCCACUAUCCCAUCCCUGGUACAGGAGCAUUCUGAUACCCCAGCAGUCCUUGGCUGCUCAAAUGGCCUGUUGGGGACUGCUCUAACUUAUGCCAGGAGCCAUCACCAUGAUUGGGUAAAUGUAAAGGUGACAUAAGUUCACCUUUCACUUUGAUCUUGCUCUGAGCACAGCUCUGCCCAACCAGAGAAUUUGGCCCUUAAUCUUGAAGAACUUUAAAUAGAAAUGUAAACAAAAAUGAAAAAUAAUGAGGGGACUGUAAUUCUACUUGCAAUCAAUGUUCAUCUAUUCACUUUUUUUUUAUUCACCUUCUUUGGGAACUAUUAAACCUGGUAAAGCUGAAACCACCCGAAGUCAAAUAGAUUACAUUUCUGCAGCAAAACACAGAAUUUAAAGACAGGAAAGAAGACAAUAUUGUAAAGUUAAUGCCAAUAAGACCACAUGAAUCUCCCCCGAAAUGUUUUAAAUAUGUGAAUAUUCGUUAUCCUGUCACUGCUUUUUGCAGACUGCCAGCUGAAUAAAGGCCUGUAAUGAUGUAUACAUUAUAUUCAGCGUCCAGAGGGCUAAGCAGUCUGUUUUCCCCAAUGAACAUCUAUCCUCUUUAUUAAUUUCCAACCAAAAGCAAAAUACAAUUUACCCAUUACAAGAUGUGAAAUAUGUACAAUAACAUAAGCUUUCCACUUAACAAACCCAUUACAGUCAUAAGUGCACAGCUCCCAUUAACCUUAAAGGCAUCUACUUAAAUGCGACUCUGAAGUGAGAAUAAACUGUAGGGACUUUAGAUAACACUGAUCUUGCUUUUUUGUAUAUUUCCAAUUGUGGAAAGAGGGGACCCAUCCCUUUUCCAGUUUUGUGAUUAUGUCUUGCCCCUCCUCCCCCAGUAUAAAAAGCACCCUUUUCUCAUCUUCUGGAAGAUUAAUUUAAUUUCCAAGAUACUAGUCAUUUAGAUGUGCUUAACAUUUUUGAGGUAUCACUUGAGGUAGUGAUACUUCAUCAACUAAAUACAAAUGAGAGAGGUAAAACAUUCCGGAAAGCUACAGUAAAAGUUGGCCAGUCUGCUUCCACUUAAUGCUAAUGAGACAGUUUCUUGUAAAAAUUCCAACUUGAUAGAAACUACAGGAGGUAGCAUGGUUCAUUAGGCUACAAAAGCUUUAAAAUGUUAAAAGGACUGUUUUUCCUCCCUCAUUUCAAGUGAUUUGCUAAAAGCACUGGGAUGUUCCACUAUGGAACUUUGAAUUCACUCUUCCCUUCAUUAAUUUUGAUCUUUUUACAUUUAGAAAAAAGUUAACUUUAGGGUAAGCCACUGUAAAUUCCCUUCCCCCCAAUGACUGGAAAUGUCUUUAAAACUGAAGAGACUAUGAGUUUAGUACAGUAAAGCAACAGGACUUAUUUUCCAAUAUAUUCUGCCUAUAAAUGAAGAUAAUGUGAUAAAAAUUAAAGAAUGUAAAUUGCAUUUGAACAUGUUUAAAUUAUCUUUAACCACACUGUAUAAAUCUGUUGGGUCUUUUUACCCAUUUGCUCAUAGGAGUAGAAAAACAAACUGGAUUAUGCUAGUUCUAUGACCUGACAUCCUGCCUAAAACACACUUGAGCAGUGACCUAAGGAAAAUGUGGUCAAUGGCUCUUCUAUAGAUACUCCUUUAGAAAGCGAUGCCUUUGAUUUUAAGCUGCUUUAGCUGGUGUCUGUCAAAAAUUCUCUCAUUGCUUUCAGUGAUCUGGAAAAUAAGCUUGAAAGCCAGCCAUGUGGAGUUUAGGAUAAUUUAAAAUAAUAAAAAAAAUUACACGGCAUAGUUCACACAUUCUUCUGAAGUUUUAUUCUGAGACAUUUCCAUAAAUAGUAUCUUAUGCCACAGUUAAUCAAGCAGACAUGGUUAAACCACAGGUGAGCAAAAAGCUUGAUUAUUAUUUUUAAGAUUUAAUGAACCCAUCCUAUAGGCAUGAAAGCAGGAGAAUCCCAGAGAAGCUUUUUUAUCCAUAAAGCGUUGUUUAGCUGUAAAUCAGUGUCGUGGUGUUGUUACAAGUAUUCAAGUCUUUGUGGUGAUAAAGCAGGUCGGAAAAUGUUAAUGAAGGCACAAUUUUGGCAAAAAAUUAGAACUGAAUUUUUUCACGGUUCCCCACCCCCACCCCCCUUGUUUUCUGACCAAUUCUAUUGGUGACAACAUACAUAGAGAGCCAAAUCCAGUUCACCUGACUCACUCAUGGCCUGUGCUGGCUCCCAUUGAAGUCAAUGCAGGUUUGGCAUUGAUUUUAAUGGGAGAGAGAUUAGGUCCUGACUAACCUCAAUGAAUCAGGUUCCAUUCAUGGGAGGAGGGUUUGGCCUACACUGUUAAUAUCCUCAGGUGCCCCUAUUAGAGGUGAAAAAUAUGUGUCACCGUUUCCAAAGUUGGGUAUCAAAAAUUAGGCACCUGAAUAAAAAUAUUCUGAUUUUUUUUUCCUGAGGUGCUAUGUGUGCUCUCAAUUGAUUUUGAAAACAGCAAGAAUCUUGAGUGCUUAGCAUCUCUGAUCAUCAGGGAGUGUGUUCAGAGACCUACAUAUGGACUUAGAUUUUUAACGUUAGGCACCCAAGUUUGCAAGUUGCACCCAUAAUAUUUUUAAUCAACAAGUAGCAAGCUGCUCUGGUGCAGUUCUUUAUUCAAGUCAUGCGGGGGGGUUACACAUUAAUUUCAUUACAAAGCUGCUAAGCUAAGCUUCUAUGUUCUGAAUUGUUGUUAGGAGAUAGUACAGUGGGGUACAAGACAAUCUCUCCUGACAAGAGCAGAAGGUUGGGAGCACGGACCCUCCUGGGUUCCAUUCUAAGCUAUACUUCCCUCCCAGAUAUGUUGUGAGACUUAAUUAAAUAGGAGCUCCUCCUAAGAUGUGCUGUGGACCCACAAUUGCCAGGGAAAUUCAGUGAGAGCUGUGCAUACUCAAUACCUUUCAGUCUCAAGUCCUUAAUGUCUGGAAAGUCCUUUGAGGUCCUGGGAUGAAAGACGCUAUAAGUGCAUAUUAUUCUUAUGUAGUCUGUGCUUUCAGUAAGAGGUGUGGAGUUAAAAUACUAUCUUUUAUGUUAUUUAUAUUCAUACAACAUGGAGGAGAUAUUUGAUUACAGGUUUGCCUUCCCUGUAGAUGAUUUACUUAGUGGACCAGUUCCAGAGCAUUUACAGUAUAGUUAUUUUUGACAUUGCAGUUUUCAUUUUUCAUUUUGACAUUGCAGUUUUCAUUUCAUUGUGUUAAACACCAUCUUGUAUGUGAAUAUAAUGUAAAAGGGUACAUAUUAAAAAUUAAUUUCAAAAGUUAAUUACCCUUAGUAACUCAGCUUCCUAGAACAGUUGUGAGCUACAUCAGAUUUAACAUCCGCUCCUUUUAAAUUGAGAUUGUUAGUAAUGUUAGUCAAGAGGCAUUGAUGAGCACUUCUGCCUUCAAGAUAUUUCUCUCAGUAAGUUUGCAGACAAGAUACUCAGUUCUUCUGAAAUAAAAAGUUCAGCUAAGGGCUUUGACCUUAUAUCUGAGUACAGAAUUAAACACUCUGAGAAAGGUUAAUGCACAGAUUGAGAGAGUUGAGAAUUAUACCCCAAAAUACUUAAAGAAAUAAUUUUAAAAUGUAAAGAUCACUGAUCAUAUAUUUUUUGCAAAAGGUACCUGUUCCUAUGCUGUCAUCUAAUCUUUAGGGACUAGAUUUAAUGCGAAGAUUUACAUUGACAUUCGUGAAAGGAGGAUUAGGCCCUAGAAGCAUGUGGUAUAGGAAAGCAUGGAGAUGAUUUUCCAUUAGACAAAUACACUUUUUUUUUCUUUUGUAGUUGAAUAUGGAUCCCAUGAAAGUGACUAAUGGCACCAACUAGAGUUCAGGCAUAGCAUAGGCAGGCAUUGUACAACCUUCCCUACAUAGCACUGAUAAUACACUUCAGUCCUGGCCAGACCUUACUGUUAUUUAUUUGGUCCUGUCCUCUCAAGACAGCUAUACUAAAUUUCAUGGACCGUACUACACUAUAGAGGAACUAGGGUGAAAUUACCAAACUCACUGGUAUUUGUGAUUGAAAAGGAAUUUACACCCAGAACACCAGAGAUGAAAGGCAGGUGUAUUCAUCCAUUGUGCCACCUAGUUUUGGUUUAUUAGCAGUUUAACAGAAACAGUCUAAUCAUAGAAUUAUAGAAUAUCAGGGUUGGAAGGGACCUCAGGAGGUCAUCUAGUCCAACCCCUUGCUCAAAGCAGGACCAAUCCCCAACUAAAUCAUCCAAGCCAGUGCAAGUCUUUGUGCAAGCUUUCCCUGCCAUUUUCUUUAUUUUCCUCCCAAACUAAGACCAAGGAAAGGGGUAUACAGGAUUUUCCUUUGAAAUCUUUAAUCCUGUAUUUAUUUUUCAGGUGGCUUGCAAUUAAAAACUGCAAUUGUUCUUUUGUUUCCUUAUCUAGCUGAGAGUGAAAGAAACUACUUCAGCACUGCUUUGAAAUGUAUCACUGUUACCCCCAAGCCAUUUCUGGGAAAAUACCCACUGCAGUGGCAUAACCUCUGUCAUAACCAGUGAGAAGAGGAAACUACAUCAUUGUAUUUAAAAAGAGAAAAGCUUCUCUUCUCCUUUCCUUCUUUCAUCCUCACACACACAAAUCAGACCACCAUUAUGCACUACUGGACCAAUUCCCAAAUAGCAUUGCAAAAGUUAGUUGUCUAGGCUAUUACUCACCAAUUUAUUUGAGCAUAAGCUUUCGUGAGCUACCGCUCACUUCAUCGGAUGCACUGAUGUAGCUCACGAAAGCUUAUGCUCAAAUAAAUUGGUUAGUCGCUAAGGUGCCACAAGUACUCCUUUUCUUUUUGCGAAUACAGACUAACACGGCUGCUACUCUGAAACCUAGGCUAUUACUAUAGGCCAUGUAAUCAAUAGUUUAAUAAUUCACUUGUCUUAACUUAAAGACACUUGCUUAUAUUUAAUAUUCCCACUGUUAACAGACCAUAUGACUAAUGAAAAGUUUUGAAAGUUCUAACUUAAAUGUACUGUUUUGGGGGCAAAACACCUUCCCACAUUCCACAGACGCGGAAGGCCCUAAACUGAAACGCAUGACCACAAUUCCAUUGCACAGAGCAGGCAGCAAAUAGGCCAGGGAAAUGCUUUAUCCUUUGCACUACACAGAGCACUGGCUGCAGCCAGAGGACCACUCGCUGAAGGGGGGCACAGCAGCAGAUACUAUAGCCCAGAGGCUCUGUUAGCAGCUGCACUAGAACUCCUGGCUCCUGGCACAAGGGGUGGAGAAUUCCAUCUUAGCUCCCAACCCAAGGAGAGACUCCCCUGCUUAAAGCCAGUUUAAACAAGGACCCAGGAUUGGGCCCUUGCACGGUUUUCAGGCCCAUUUCUCUCAUACAGAGUUCGCAGUCUCUGGUCUUCACAAUCCUUGAAACAGAUUCUAAGGGCAGAAUGUCUAGAAGGAAUAAGCGGGGGUAGGGUGACCAGAUGUCCCGAUUUUAUAGGGAUAGUUCCGAUAUUUUUUUCUUAAAUAGGCAUCUAUUACCCCCCAUUCCCAUCCCAAUUUUUCACACUUGCUAUCUUGUCACCCUAGUUGGGGGGGGAGGAGGGAAUAUACAGACUAAUGCAAAAAACAAACCUUGUGUCAGUGAGAAAUGGCAUUUGUGUGUAAUUAUCAAAUUAUCAAAAUAAUUCCAGACUCAGCUUACUGUCUGGAAUUCACACUUGAUUUAAUGUGAUGACAAAUAUAAAACAUGUUUAUUUAAUCUGUUUUGCAUUCUAUUUGUGAUGAGUAAAAUGAGAAUAUUUUCUUUUUGAUGUUGAGAGAAGUCUUACUGAGAUUGCUGUUAGUGGGUCUAAGGGCUCAAUUCUGAUCUCCUUACUUCAUUUGAGUUGUACCUAGCUCCAUGAGAAGCCCCAUUGUUCUCAAUGAGGCUACUCAAGUAAGAUCCACUCACUGUAAGGGUGGCACGCAGAAUUUUUCUGCACAAAAAAAUCUUUUUUGCACAAAAAAAUCUUCUUUGCAACACUUGUUUGGAUUUAAACCAAUUCAUUUUAGUCUAUGACUGGGGACCAAAUAAUGAGACUGGAAAAUACCCAAGCCUCAAACUAGGCUAGGCUAGCCAGUGACACAAACGUAGCAACCCCCCGUCCUCCCUAAGUAAGAGAGCUCUGAGGGGAAAAGGCUGUUGCCUGCUAGUGAGAGGGGCUGCUAAGGCCAGCUCUGAUGCAGCAUCGCUCAUCCCUAUGCCAGGUUUUUCCUGUGUGUUUCCUCCUCUUUCCAGGACAUGAGGCCACUUGCAGUGGUGUGGGGCACUGAGGUUUAUAUGCUGGAAACACAUUUUGUGUGGCAUUGCAGGCUGGAAGUAGGUCUCAGGGGCUUUCUUUGGUUUGUCUCCUGAUUUUUGAACUCUUCACUCUGGCAAUACUUGUUCCAUUUGCACAUCAGACUACCACAUGACGGCUCUGGGCCCAUCCUGGGCGCCCCCUCCUGGGGCUCCUCUUGUCGUGCACCGCUGUCACUUGCAAAUUUAUUUCACCUUGUUAUCCAUUUUCCGACUGCUCUCUGGUCUUAAAAAAGUGCUUCCCUGCCCAGGAUUUGAUGACACGUAUAUAAAUAAUACAUGCAAAUAUACUUAAACAAGAUAUCGCAGGUCUACAUUUAUUUGCAGUUAAAAAUAAUAAUAUUUAAUAAUAUUAAAAAUAAAAAUAGCCACAAACAGUAUCACUACUGUAAACUGUAGUGGUUUUGAAUCAUUACUGUAGAAUGCUGCAGUUAAUAAGGGUAAAUUAGCUGUUCCAUCCCUAAUAUAUUUAAAUAAGCUCUCUCAGCCCUUAAAUAUGGUUUUGUUUUCCAAACUAUGUAUAAUUUAGUGGGAUUGCUUUAGAUUAGGGAAAACAGGAAAGCAAGCAAGCGAGUGUAUCAUCCAUAAUAUCCAUCCUACAUAUUCUCCUGUUCCUUUGCAGACAGACAGAGGUUUAACAGGAAAAGAGAAUCAUAGCUAUGUACUUCCAAGUUAGGAGCUAAUGAAUUUCCAUCAUCAGGUCAUGACAAUCUUGGCAUUUUUGAGAUCACUUGAAGCCCUGAAUUAUUCCACACCCACCUGGACCCACUUUCAGAUAGAUUUAACCUGUCCAAGGGACAAAAUCUGUUCUCGGAUUGGUCUCAGGGCAAAUUGCUCAUGCUUAAAUAAGGGUGGAAUUUGGCCCAAGACAGUAAGAUCUCAUGGUUGUCUUAUCCUAUAUAACUAUCUUUCCCAACUGAUCCCCUCCUUCCCUUGCUCCACUUCAACCCCACCAUGUGUUUGUUACAACACCUCUUAACUUACACACACACAACCUGGCUAGUCAUUUGUGUCCCAUCUACACAAAUAUGCUCUUUAUUUGGGAAACACUGGUGCAGUUAUUCAGAAUCUGAUGCUUCUUCUUCUUUCUUAAAUGCUUUGAUCAGCAGUGAAAUAGCUAACCAUGUUGACAUUGAAAGUAACAUCACUGGUGUCUUAGAUAGUAUCCAUUGAAAUGAAUAUGGCAGUGCAAUCCUCAAAACUCUUGUUUCAAGCUUAGGCAGACUUCUGCACAUAGGUUGCACUUUCUUUAUGUUUUAGUUUCAAAGAUUUUCUUUGAGAAUGUAACACCUAGAGACUUACAUUUUUUUUGAAAAUCAAAGCUCAGACUCUGUAGAACUAUUGAGGAGUCUGUCUGGGCUAGUUCCACAGAGGGACACCCCCUCCCCCAUAAGGAUAUUCCGAUGUCCCCGUAUCCAGGUUGGUUUAUAGCAACUAAGAGUCCAAAAUCUCUUCUGUCUCUGAAAGCUGUGGUGCAAGUUGCUAGAGCAUAUUGCAGUUAGAGUUGUGGCUGAACUGAGAGGGUGGAUCUCAAACCACCAAGUCUUCCAUCUCCAAACUUGAUGGGUCCAGCCAGUCUUUAUAAUAGGCCAAAUCAGAACACAGAAUCUGAACACGCCUGCACUGUGGGAAAGCUUGGAUCAGGAUCUGAAUGCCACUGCUCAGGUUCAUCUAUAGUUCCAGUGCCACACAAAUUGUAGCUUCCCCUCAAAAGACCGAAAGGGCUCACCUCCUGAAUACUCCCACUGAGCCAGAGAGCAGAUAUCCUGCAAUGGCUCCUCAUCACUGGUUCUCAGGAGUGGCAGUAGUUCUUGCUGAACUACAAUAUAUAUAUAAUAUGCUACUGAGUUGUGUGGGGGUGUGUAUAAAAACCCAUACGCACCUCAUCCGCUGCUGCUGGCAUAAACUAUAUGCCGCUUGCAUCCUAAUUCUGCAAUCCUUAUUCAUGCCAAGUUAUACUUAUUCACAAAGGGAGUCCAGCAGAACCCAAUGAGAAUAUGUGUGUAAGUUACUACUCACUGUGAAUAAGGGUUACAGUGUCUGGUCUUUCAAAAUGUAAACACUUGAUUGGCAGUGAAAGCUAAGCAGCCAUUCAUCUAAGUGCAUAAAAUGUGUCUGUAAAGAUGCACCAAUGAUACGUGUACAUGUGAAAUUGCAGAUGCAAAACUAGAGGUCAUUUUUCCAAAUCAGCCCCGUUAUAUCAUGAUGUCCUGACCAGAGAGCCUUUGUAUUAAUAAUCUUCCUGCUAAUUUGCAUUUUCACACACAUUUUCUUCCCCUUUCACACUUAGCGAUUUGGCUCAUUCACCUUUAGCUUUCUGAAUAAGACAGCAUGCAAAAUCCUCUAGAGGAUCUAUGUCAGUUUCACACUGUAUCCUUAAAAAGAACCCUUUUUCCCAGGUUACAGAGUAGCAGCCGUGUUAGUCUGUAUUCGCAAAAAAAAAAAGGAGUACUCGUGGCACCUUAGUCUCUAAGGUGCCACGAGUACUCCUUUUUCCCAGGGUACAUUCAGUUUUCAUGUAACUACAGUAUCGCCUAUACCUGUUAAGUACAAGGCAAAGUCAAUUUGUGAAUUUUUUCUAAGUACUUCUUAUGGAUCUUGACUCUAAUGUAGAUCCUUAGAAAAUUAAACAAAGCCUGUGUUACUCAUUUCAGUUUGAAUGCUACUCACAAAUUAAUGGUCCCAUUAAUUAGACAACUGAAACUGCAAAAAGGAAGAAAAAAAAAAGAGUGCAUGGUGUUUUUCAUUUGAAGGUACCAUGCUCUAAAAGAUGUUAAACAGUUGAGCCAGAUUUUAACAAAUGCUAAGAGAGGUUUUAAUUGGGGCUGACACGUGAACUGAGCAAUCUUACAGUACAUUAUAUAUAUGAAGGGUUGUUUUAACUAAAACCUAGAAUUAUUAUGUGUAAUUAAUGUUAUAAAUGAACAGAUAUGAAUGGCAUCUUUUUGGUGCCAAGUGAAUACUAAUGCACACUUUAUUCUCAGCAGGUUCCCUAUGCGCUCUCACUGCAGCUUGCUAACUAGGUAAUGUUUCACAAUAGUAACCUGUUUGGCAUCAGAUCAGUAAACAAAAGGCACAAGGAUAAUGUGUUUGCUCUUUCUCCACAAAGACACGGGAUAAUUUACCUUUCCAUUUAAUUUACUGUCUGGAUCUAUCUGUCUUUUGUAUUCUGUGUAGCCCUUAAGAAUAUACCGUAAGUGUCUCCUGAAGUAUCAGACCUAAUUGAAAAAUGCAGUUCAGGUACAACUUGAUAGAUGAGAAUGAUUCACAAGUUCCAAAAUAGAAUCAGCCAAUUUUUAAAAGAUCAUAUUCUUUGUUAAUUAGGGGGGAAAGAGAUUAGCUUAUAGAGAGAAAAUCAUUUGGCAUACCUGAGGAUAUGAGACUACAAUAUAUUCCUGGAACUGCAGCAUAGAUACAUUACAGAGCAGACAGAAUGGGGUUACUUGAAAUUAUUGCUAUGACCUAUACCUUUAAACAUCCUUAGGGGGAAAAAAACAUCAAAAGACCUGCACAUGUCUACUAAUCAUUUCAGGGUGGGGGGGGAAGAAGUCUGUUCUUUAUAGGAACCUACCUCUGUGAUUUGUUUUGUUCAAAGAAUAGAUUUUGCAUUUCCAUAUGCAUGUCAAGGCUGACAUUAAAUAUUAAAGCAAGAUAUUAAAAUUUCAAAGAAUCUGAAUUAAACCAAAAGUAUUCAAAAAUAAGUGUUCCUGAAUAUUUAAUAUUAAGGAUUUCAUAAUUAGUUCCAGAAAACUCUCAAGCUAAAAAAAGAGGGAUUUUUUUAAAUACUGGUCACAGUCAUGAUCUUUGGAUUGAUGUGGCGUGUGUGCUACACCACUGAGAAGGGCACCUCCUCUGCUUGUUGUCCUUCUCGUUAUUUGUCCAAUGAGGGAGUCAACUUAAUGAUAUUCUACAAAUAAUUGCUAUUAUGUAUAUCUUUACUGAGUAAUUAAUAGAUAUUAGGGCCAAAAGGGACCAUUAUGAUCAGUUAGUCUGACCUCCUGCAUAACCCACAUCGUAGAAUUUCUCCAAGUCCUGCAUCAUGCGCAUGGUUCUGGUUGGGCUUUUAGAAGAUAGCCAUUGUUCACUGAAGAUUUCGAGUGAUGGAGAAUCCUCCACGUCUCUAGGUAAGUUGUUCCAAUGGCUAACUACCCUGACAGUUAAAAAUGUGUGCCUUAUUUCUAGUUUCCAUCUAUCUUCAGUUUCCUUCAAUUGGUUCCUGUUAUUCCUUUGUCUGUUAAAUUAAAGAGCCCUCAGCCAUCAGAAAUUUUUCCCUCAUGUAAUUACUUACAGACUGUAACAAAGUCACCUCUUAACCUUCUCUUGGAUAAACUAAACAGAUUGAGUUUCUUUAGUCUCUCACUGUAAGGAAGUUUUCCAGACUUCAAACCAUUUUUGUAGCUAUCUUCGGAAUCCUUUCCAAUUUCUCACAGCUUUUUUCAAGUCUGAACAGCGGAAUUGGACACACUAUUCCAGUAGUGGUCUCACUAAUGCUAUAUACAGUGAUAAUACCCCCUCCUACAUUUGAAAUCAAUAGGAUUAUGUACAGGAUUAAAGAUACAUUUGGUUAUAACUGUUUACAGGAUUGGUCUCUAAAAGAGAUAUAAUUAAGCAUAUGCCAUGGUAUAAUACCCAGACUUCAGUACCUGAGUAGGUAUGUAUAUUUCUGCAAAAACACAAUUAUUUCGGUAUAACUACAUCACUGAAGGUGUGAAAAAUUCUGAUCUUAGUUACACUGGUGUAACUCCAGAGAAAUGCUAAGGAAGUUGGAGCAGUUACUCUAGAUUAAAUACCAGUGCAAAUGAGAUUAGAAUCUGGCACAGUAUAGUAUACUGGUGCCGAAACACAUGCCAGUCGCCUUAGAUAGCCAACUAUGUAUUUGCAGUCAGCCUUUGCAGUAUUCAAAGUAUUUCAUAUCGUAAAUAGAAUAAUGGGAAGUGCAAGGGAGCACUGUGUAUACUGCAGUAACCUGAUCUAUUUAUCCAAGGUAAAACUGGUACACUUUGAAGAAUCGUCACUAUUAUGCAGUCAUUGGACACCCCAUUUCCAUUUUGGAUCAAAGGCGAGAUCCUCAGCAGGUGUAAAGCAACAUAAUUUCCAUUGACGUCACUGAAUCAAUUCCUGUUUACACCACCUGAGAAUCUGGCACAUAUUUUUGGAUAGUGUAUUGUUAGUAGUAUUUAUUUAUUAUUUGUAUUCCAAUUGCACCCAAAAACUAAUCAGGAUCAUUGUGCUGAUUGCUGUACAAACACGAGGGAUGACCCUCCCUGAAGUACCUACUGAAGGUUUUUAGUACCCAGUUAUCAUUCAUUAAUACAAUCAAAGUAAAAUGUUAUAAAAGUCCCAAAUUUUUAAGUUUCAAGGUUAUUAAUUUCCUGCAAUGUGCUGCUUUGAGACAGCUCCCACAGACAUGUGAGAUGUGAAGGAAUUUGGUUCACCUUUGGAUAGAUGAAAAAGAGAAUGUGUUGGUUGUGUACAUCUUCUGCGUCCUUUGAUUUUCAUCUAGCUUUCUGAGAUUAUAACAUAAUUCCAUUUUAAGUAAGGUAUGAAAUGGUGCUGUAUAACUCAUGCUACCUGGUAGCAGAAUAUCUUGAUUUGUUUGAAGAAUACAUAAGCCACUAAAAUAUUGUUAUCUAUCUUCAUUUGUAGAAGGUGCCUAACACUGAGCUGCCUACGUGCCAAAAUAUGUUAUUUUUACAGCAUGUCUCUUUUUUUAAACAAUAUUAAAACCUGGCAGGCACCUAAAGUAUAUUUCUGCCUCAUUUUGUGCAGUGCAGUGAUCGUGGGUUAGUUUAAUCCUAUAGUUAGAUAAGGGACUAGGAGUCAUAAGACCUGGGUUCUAUUUUCAUCUCUGCUUCUCUGUGACCUUGGGCAAGUCACUUCAUGUCCCUGAGCCUCCAGGUUGGGAUCAGUAAAAUGGGGCAAAUGAUACUCAUCUCCUUUGUGAAGCUGUUUGAGAGGUAGAGAUGAAAAGUGCAAUAUAAGAACUAUUAUUACCAUUAUUUACUCCAGGAUGCAGUCAAGAAAUGGGAGGAGCUACAGUUGGGAUUCAAAUGGUUUCCAAAAAAAUUUAGCAUCAAGCUAAAGAGAGCAAAUAAAGCCAGUGACUUACAGCAUUUACUAUACAUAACCAAGUUUCAGAGUAGCAGCUGUGUUAGUCUAUAUCUGCAAAAAGAACAGGAGUACUUGUGGCACCUUAG